GCUCAUUUUUACCAUUGUACAUAGUUGUAACAUAAUGUUUUUGAAUGGUUUUGGCAGAUGAUCAUCUUGGAGGGCAUUCUUCCUUAAGACAGUUUAUGAUUUUAUAUCACCAGUAAAAAUUAUGUGCCGAUUCAUAAUAAUAUCUAUUCUACACCUCUGGUUAUAUACCUCUGACAUAUGUGAUUCAUCACUUUGUUUUAAGAAUCAAACAUCUGAAAAGGAAGAGAGUGGAAGCAGUGGUGAAGAAGAAGAAGUAGACAGUAAUGAAAAAGAAGUAGACAAACACAAGGGAGAUGAACAAGAUGCUGUAGAGCAUAAUGAUAACCAAACACCUGAAAAUGCAGGACAUAGCAAUAAAUCAAUAAAGAGUGAAAAAGAAAAUCAGGUGGCUAUUGAAACUCUAGAGGAUGAGAUAUCGUCAGGUGAGGAAGAAAUUGCUGGCGGCAGCGAUGAAGGAGAAGAUGAUAAAAAAGAGGACAGAGACAAGGAAGAACAAAAUACCGCAAAGCAUAAGGAUAAUCACACACCAGAAGAUGUGACUCAGAGCAGUAAAUCAUGUGAGAGUGAGGAAAACAAUCAUAUGACUACAGAAACUAUAGAGAAGGAAGGUUCUAUUCCAGAUGAAAAUGCAACUAAGCAAGAGAGUGAGAAAACCGAACUACAUGCUACAAACUGUUCUUCUUCAGCCAUUGAAAGCAGUCAAGACAGAACGACUGGAGGACUAUUGGACAAAGCAAAAAGGUUUUCCUUCUUUAAACGAAAGUCUUCAAGGCAGAAGGACGCACGCAAUGGUGAUGAAAACAAACUUGAAAAACUACCUCAAAGUGAGCAGGAAGCAAUGAAUCAAGUCACUGUAUCUGAUGUAAAGAGUAAAGAUGAAAACCAGAACCAUUCUGGAGGAAAUCAAAGGGAGUUGCCACCAGCAAAUAGGGACAGAAAGUCAUCUUCUACAUGUCUAGUGCUGUAACGUCGAAACUGAUGGUAUUUGCAAAUAUGUCACAUUUAGAAUUUUGUGAACUGGUCAUUUUAUAGUUGAAAACAAUAAUGAUUUCUCUGUAAUGAUUACAGUGAUGGAUUUGUGUUUGGGUAAAAUAUACAUGUUCAAACUGAUUUAGAUGAUUUGCGGCUCACUUCCUAGUAUUUAUUUGUAUCCCUAAUUGUAGCUAUUGCAACAGAUAUGGGUAUCACAGUCUUUCAGAACUGUUGUGGCUUUAAUUCUUAAGUGUGUAAUAGAUAAUAUAUUUUUGUACUUCAAAAUUUUAAUUAAGGCAUUUUAUGAUUUCCUUUCCUCAACCAAUCUACAGCUGUAAAUGCACAUUAUAAAUACUAUUUUGGUUCAGGCACAAAAGCCAGAAGAAUGGCUGUUUUAAAAUGUUUCUUUUCUGUUUGUUUAACUUUUGGAGGAAGCAAUAAACUUCAAAUGUAUUUAAAGUU